UGCCUGCCUCCUCCCGCGCCUCCUCGCCACUGCGGAGCCUCUGCUGUGGGCCUCCAGGACCUGGGGUCCCGGCCCCGCGCCGGCCGCUCUGUCGCGGUUGUGCAAAGCCCCCCGCACCCCUACCAGACACCGGGCCCCCGGCGCCCCCACCCGGCACCAUGGACUGGAAGACGCUCCAGAACCUGCUGAGCGGCGUGAACAAGUACUCCACAGCAUUCGGGCGCAUCUGGCUGUCGGUGGUGUUCGUCUUCCGCGUGCUGGUGUACGUGGUGGCCGCAGAGCGCGUGUGGGGGGAUGAACAGAAGGACUUUGACUGCAACACCAAGCAGCCAGGCUGCUCCAACGUCUGCUAUGACCACUUCUUCCCCAUCUCCAACAUCCGCCUCUGGGCCCUGCAGCUCAUCUUCGUCACCUGCCCCUCGCUGCUGGUCAUCCUGCACGUGGCCUACCGCGAGGAGCGGGAGCGGCGGCACCGCCAGAAGCACGGGGACCAGUGCACCAAGCUGUAUGACAAUGCAGGCAAGAAGCACGGCGGGCUGUGGUGGACCUACCUGCUCAGCCUCAUUUUCAAGCUCACCAUCGAAUUCCUCUUCCUCUACCUGCUGCACACUCUCUGGUAUGGCUUCAGCAUCCCGCGCCUGGUGCAGUGCUCCGUGUCGCCCUGCCCCAAUACUGUGGACUGCUACAUUGCCAGGCCCACGGAGAAGAAGGUCUUCACCUACUUCAUGGUGGGUGCCUCUGCCAUCUGCAUCGUGCUCACCAUCAGCGAGAUCUGCUACCUGAUCUUCCACAGGGUCCUCAGAGGCAUGCGCAAGAACAGGCCCCCAGGCGGCCGCAACCCCAGAUCCUCUGCCAGCCGGGCCUCCACCUGCCGCUGCCACGGGAAGCUGGUGGAGGCUGGGGAGUUGGUCCCGGACCCCGACCGUGACAAGCUGCAUGCUUCUGCACCCACCCUGACCCCCAUCUGACCACAGGCUGGGAAGCAAUACUACGUCUGCCGAUGGGGGCAGGUCAGGAGGUACUGCGCCCAUGGAGGGGUCCAACAGGUGCUGGGAGUCCCCGCUCUGAAUUCACCAAGCUAUCCAAUUUUCUUGUAGGCAGAUACUUUCUGAACUCUGGGCACUGUGCUGCAUACCUGAGUAUAGGUCACACCACAGCCCCAGUGCCCGCCCUCGGGGGGAGACAGACUUUGAAUGUGCUUGAAACAAGCACAUUAUCUACUGUGCAAGGGGACGCUUAGGGCACUCGUGGCAGGGCUUCCACCUAACCCAGGAGGGGGUGAUCAAGCCCAGCUUCCCUGGGGCGUACGGUUCAAGGGGUGAGAGGUGCUUCCAAGAAGAGAGAAUGGCAGGUGCAGAGAAGUCUGGAGGUCACAAGAAGGGAGAUGCUUGCCCUGGGCUGGAUGCACCAGACCAAAGAGAGUUUCCUUUCCCUCCGAAGAAGCACCCAGAUCCGUGCGGUGCAGAGGAAAAAUUCUCCCAGCAGCAGGAGGGCUGGAGUCCUGAGAACGGAUUUGGGAAGAGGAGGAAGAGGCUCUGCUGACCCCACCCCUCCUUGCAGCAAUCAGGGAUCCUCUGAGUCACCACCACUGCUCUCAGAGAAAGUCCCCUCCCCGACUCCACUCUCUCAGCCUCAGGAAGCUUUUCUCCCACCUUUCUCCACAAAUGUGCUCAAGCUGGCGCCAGCCUUUCAGAGCCUGUUCCAGGGGACUCAGGUGGAUGUCCUGAUGGGAACGUCCCCGUGGCAGUUUCCUCAAAAUCAAUAAAGGCUGUGUUUUAUACAAAUUGGCUCAGUCCUCUGUUCUCCCACAGUCCCACCCAUAAGACCCCGAGGGCAGGAAAGGUGGCCCUCUGAGCUAGGGAGAAGCCAGGGUGUGGGCUGAAGGUAGAUUUGGGCUGGGAUUGACAGGUGGGAGCUGGCGUGGAACCUACUGUGAUUGGACGUGUGGACACAAGAGGGCGCCAUGCUCCCACUACAACCAGGCUUCUAGCACUUUGGAGGAAGACUGACCUGGUACACACACACAAUCACUGCCCUCUCAUUACAGACAAAUCGCAGUCCCUGCUCCGCGUAACACAGUCACUGUCUUUACAACUGCAUUCCCACCUUGUGUACACAAAACCCCUGUUAGUCAUACUCUCGCUCCUUGGACACUCUCCCAACAGGCCAGCUGUCUCCUCUGAAGGCACGUGGUCCCAGCCUCACCCAAGCAUUAUUCAGCUCUUUUCAUUUUUCCUGAGUA